AUGACGUUCUGAACCGGGUGAAUAGAGAUAUAAACCUGGAUGUGUUGAAGUCUGAUCGUCAGCCGAUGAAGCAAAGCCGUCUGUAAUACGCUAGGAGCUCAACCAUUCUUUAACAUAUAUAUAAAUAAAUAUAUAGAUAUAUUUUGCUGAGGAUGCUGAGGCCACCGAUGGAAGCUAAGGACAAGAGGAGAAAUGGGGACGGGAAAUCAAGGUCUAAACUGCUGGGUACGUCUUCUCGGAAGUUGAGCACCAGAGGGCUUUCUUUUGAGGAGGUGAACCAAUGGUCGCAGUCCCUGGCAAGGCUUCUUGAAUCCCCCUAUGGCAUGAUUACAUUUCAGGCCUUUUUAAAGGCAGAGUUCAGUGACGAAAAUCUUGAAUUCUGGCUGGUGUGCGAGGACUACAAGAAGGUUAAGCGUUCCUUUCGACUGUCUGCUAAGGCCAGGAAGAUCUUCAACUGCUUCAUUCGAGUUGAAGCUCCGAGAGAGAUAAACAUCGACCACCAGACCAGAGAGCUGACCAAGAGGAACCUGCAGGCCCCUACCACCGCCUGCUUCAUGGAGGCCCAGAAGACUGUGUUCGGCCUGAUGGAGAAGGACUCGUACCCGCGCUUCCUCAGGUCCAGUAUCUACAAGACCUUAAUGGACUCCAGGUCGGAGAGCUUCAAGAUGUAAGGGAUUGUCCAUCCUGGAUGUUCUGGAUGUGAGAUGUGUGAUGUGAGGGCGAGGAGGCCCUACAGGAGCUGUGUGAGCUGCUGAAGGACUGACCUCACACCAUGAGGGGAGGACAGUUGUGCCUUGCUUGCAAUCUUAAAGCAUUUUUGCAUACUGUGCUUGGUGCAAAUAGAUGGUGAAUUCUAAGGUUUCCAUGUUUCUGCCGGGUUAAUAUGGCAAUGUUGAUGAUGAUAGUGAUGAUGAGGCAAAUCCAAAGAAGGGGUAGAAGAAAUCCAUGGAGGAAGACAAAUGUGUGUACAGUUUUAAUCAGGUCAAGUGGAUCAGUAUUGAUCCCAGUGCAAGGCCUUGGUGACAUGUUCCAUGUGUUCCAUGUAUAAUAAAAAAAGUUGCUAACUGAA